AUGGAGGUCAUUGAGGAGAUUGAGUACGAGGGUCUGGCGGCUAGCGCGGGUCUUGGGGUCAGCAUGGCCGCAGGUGCUCUGGCUGGCAUCACAGAGCACGCUGUCAUGUUCCCAGUAGACAGCAUCAAAACCCGCAUGCAGGUGUUCGCGACGUCACCAGCGGCGGUGUACACCGGGAUGGGCAACGCUUUCACGCGGAUAUCGUCCACGGAGGGCAUGCGCGCGCUCUGGCGAGGCGUGUCGUCGGUCAUUAUGGGUGCAGGACCGGCGCAUGCCGUCCAUUUCGGCACGUAUGAGAUGGUGAAGGAGUUUGCGGGCGGGAACGUGAAUGGUGCGUCGAACCAGUGGAUAGCGACCUCAUUAGCAGGCGCCUCCGCAACCAUCGCGUCGGACGCGCUCAUGAACCCCUUCGACGUCAUCAAGCAACGGAUGCAGGUGCACAAAUCGGAGUUCCGCUCGGCCGUGACGUGCGCGCGCACCGUGUACCGCGCGGAGGGCCUGAGCGCGUUCUACGUCUCGUACCCGACGACGCUCACGAUGACGGUGCCGUUCACCGCGGUGCAGUUCACGGUCUACGAGCAGAUGAAGACGUUCCUCAACCCGAACGAAGUGUACUCGCCUUCAACACACAUCGUCGCCGGUGGUCUCGCGGGCGCGGUCGCUGGUGCGGUGACGACUCCUCUGGACGUCGCAAAGACUCUCCUCCAGACCCGCGGCACGUCGGCCGACCCAGAGAUCCGCCAUUGCCGCGGUCUCACGGACGCCUUCCGGAUCAUCUGGACGCGCGACGGGCUCAAGGGCUUCGCGCGAGGGCUGUCGCCCCGCGUGCUCACGUUCAUGCCCUCCAAUGCGCUGUGCUGGCUUUCGUACGAGUUCUUCAAGGCCGCAAUACGAGACUGA